GAAAAAAACUUAUACAUGCGCCCACAGGCCACAUGCCUCGGACAAUUUCUGUCGUGCUCUUCAGAUUUUUCGCCAAAAAUAAACAGCCACGUCAUCAGAAUCUGCUACGUAGGAUGCAUUUGACUGUUGCAAAAUAAAACAAGCUUAAGUCAAACACCAUGUAGGCCACCUUUAACCACACGCGCCCCACAAUUUCCCAGAAAUUCUAAAAUACCCACACUCUUCCUAACUUCUAGCUUCAACCUCAAAGGGCAUUAUAGACAUUUACGUAAACUAACGUAUCCUAUAUAUGGUUUCAACUCAAACUCACUCGUCCGCUCUAUUCUCAGUACUCCCUGAUUCUCUCCCAUGGCGUUGCUGUCCAAUCUCCAUAAAACUCCACUGCUUCUCAUUCUCCUUAUUCUUCUACUUCACUUCUUUGGAUAUGCAGCGUCCGCCGCCUCCGCCCCACCGGAGGGCGAAACCUCACCGGAAUGUUCGAAGUCAGCGGGGAGUUGCCGGAACAAGGCGGAGGCAUUGAAGUUCAAGCUUAUCGCCAUAGCUUCGAUCUUAGUAAGCAGUAUGAUCGGGGUUAGUCUUCCCCUGUUCUCGCGAGGGGUUCCAGCGCUGGAACCGGACAAGGAUUUGUUCGUGGUGAUCAAGGCGUUCGCCUCGGGAGUAAUCCUGGCCACCGGGUACAUGCACGUGUUGCCCGACUCCAUCGAUUCCUUGAACUCCAAUUGCUUGCCCAAAUCGCCAUGGCGGAAAUUCCCUUUCUCCACCUUCGUCGCGAUGCUUUCAGCGAUCGCCACUCUCAUGGUGGACUCAUUCACGAUGAGUUAUUACAGGAAACGCUUUCCCCAUGUCUUGAAUGGAGCUGAUCGUGAAGGAGGCCAGGAAAUAUUAGGGCAUAUUGGCCAUGGACAUGGGAAAAUUGAGGAGAGAAACAACGACAAUGCUUCCAGCUUGAUCCGACACCGUGUUGUUGCUCAGAUGCUAGAGCUAGGGAUAGUAGUACAUUCGGUAGUAAUUGGGUUGUCACUGGGGGCCUCAGACAACCCUUGUACAAUCAGACCACUUAUUGCUGCAUUAUGCUUUCAUCAACUCUUUGAGGGAAUGGGUUUAGGAGGAUGCAUAUUACAGGCUGAAUAUGGGGUGAAGAUGAAAGCUAUAAUGGCGUUCUUCUUCUCAUUUACAACUCCGUUUGGUAUUGCUUUGGGAAUCGGUUUGUCUAAUGUUUACAGUGAUAACAGCCCAACUGCGCUUAUUGUGGUUGGGCUACUAGAUGCUUGUUCUGCUGGGCUUUUGAAUUACAUGGCCCUAGUUGAACUCUUGGCCUCUGAUUUCAUGGGCCCAAAACUUCAAGCAAGUGUAAAGCUCCAAACAUGGGCAUAUUUUGCAGUUCUUUUAGGCGCAGCAGGAAUGUCAGUGAUGUCACUCUGGGCUUAGUGAAGAUUCAAUUAUUUCUUUUCUUUUUAUUUCCAUUUUUUUGGGUCAUAGCUACCCCAAAAAUUGUUUCUUUGGCACAAGAGUAAGAGUAGGUUCAACAAUGAUAAUUGCUUACAAACAAGGUUCAUUGUUUAAUAUGUAUAUUUAUAAAGGAACAUUUUUUUUAACCAAAUUAAUUGGAAUAAAAUUGAUGGUUUAGUA